AAGAAAUGCACAUACUGCAGUUUUUGACGCUGGUUUUUACAAGUUUCCUGCUAUGUGGAGUGAAUGCAGGAGCAGGAACAAAAGAUUUCCUAAAAAAAUUCAAAACGUAUAAUGAAGUAUGUCGAGGAAUGGGCUUCAAAGGAGACACUAGUCACUGUCAAGGAGGAGAAAAAGCAAUAAUUUCAUUUCAUGCCCGAAUGGAAAGUUAUCUUCAAAAUCUGGGAAACAAUGCCGUAGUUGUAUUUGGAAAUGUUACUGAAAAUUCUGGAUCCGCCUAUAAUGGUAACACAGGGAAAUUCACGGCGCCUCAGAAUGGAAUUUACUCAUUUACUUGGACCAUUUUAACAGCACCUGGAAGGAUGUUUAAUACAAAUAUUGUAUUGAAUGAUAUUAGUAAUAUCAUUGGAUACAACCAAGUCAACGGAAAAAGUGGGAGUCAAACUUAUGCAGCAGGAUCCGCUACAACAAUUAUAAAAAUGAAGAAAAAUGACAAGGUCUGGAUAAAAACACAUGAAGGAGAAGGCAUAUACGCUUAUGGUAGUAAGGUUUGA